AUGGAGGGAUCACCUUAUUAUCCUCCACCAUUGCAUCGUCAACAGCAAAUACCAUCCAGAAUCCCACCGCAUCAUAUGAUGUCUUCUUCAUCCCCUCAUUUACUGAUGUCUCCACAGCCAUUGAACCAUCAUUCGUUUCCACCACCUUCAUCGACUCGCUCUUCACAGCAUCGCAUCUAUCCGCCAUUUUACGCACCUGCCCAAUCACUGCCGCCACAGCCGCCACAGCCGCCAUCUGCUCCACAAGAGGUUCAAUACAAUCCUGCACUGCCAUAUCCUCCAGUUCGACAAGUGCGUCGAUACAAGACUGUCAAGCGUCUUGUGCAGAUACCGCAAGGCAAGCUUGUCUUGAAUUGCCCAGUUCCAAUUCAGUAUCUGGAAAGAGUGCCACUUCGUGAUCCGAAAGAGUUCAACAUGAUGCGAUACACCGCAAUUACAUGUGACGCAAAUGAGUUCCAUCAGAAAAACUACACACUUCGACAGGAGAUCAUGAAUCGAGAAACAGAGAUUGCCAUUUGCAUCACAAUGUAUAAUGAAGAUGAAGUAUUACUGUCAAGAACAUUGCAUGGCAUCAUGAAGAACUUGACCCAAUUAACGAAGCGAUAUCGAUCAUCUAUGUGGGGUGAGCACGCAUGGCAAAAAGUAGUGAUUUGCAUCAUAGCAGACGGAAGAGAAAAAAUUCAUCCCAGAGUGCUGGACAUGCUUUCGGUACUAGGCAUCUAUCAAGAAGGCAUUGCCAAGAGCACUGUCAACGAGAAGCCUGUGCAUGCGCAUUUAUACGAGUAUACAUCCCAACUAUCAUUGACACCUGAUCAUACAUACAAAGGAGCCAUCAACGAUAUAGUACCUGCACAGAUUAUAUUUUGUUUGAAAGAAAAGAACCAGAAAAAGAUCAACUCACAUCGCUGGUUUUUUCAAGCACUAUGUCCCGUAUUACAGCCCAAUGUUUGCAUACUGAUGGAUGUUGGCACACGUCCAGGCCCUCACUCCAUCUAUAAGCUAUGGUUACCGUUUGAGAAAUACCGUGACAUUGGUGGCGCGUGUGGAGAAGUGCGAGCUAUGACAGGUAAAGGCAGUAUUUACCUCUUAAAUCCUCUGGUGGCUGCUCAGAAUUUCGAGUACAAGAUCUCCAAUAUAUUAGACAAGCCCUUGGAAAGUGUGCUGGGCUACAUUCAAGUGUUGCCUGGUGCUUUCUCAGCAUAUCGCUAUGCAGCUAUUCAAAACGAUAUGACAGGUGAAGGACCGUUGAAAAAGUAUUUUCUUGGAGACACAUCAAGUGGCGAUGUAUCAGAGGGGAUAUUUGAAGCCAAUAUGUAUUUGGCAGAAGAUCGUAUUUUGUGCUAUGAAUUGGUGGCUAAAGCACGAUCCCAAUGGCGACUUUAUUAUGUAUCAGGAGCGUACGGUGAAACAGAUGUACCUUUCUCAGUAGCAGAGUUCAUCUCUCAGAGACGGCGAUGGCUCAAUGGGUCUUUCUUCGCCGGUGUAUACAGUUUGGUGCAUUGGGGCAAAAUCUUGAAUACACAUCAUACAACAGGACGCAAGUUUCUACUGAUUAUCGAACUGAUCUACCUGUGUGUCAAUUGGCUGUUUUCAUGGUUCGCCUUGGGAAACUUCUUUCUUAGCUUUUACAUUUUGACAGGCUCCUUGGCAGUAAUGCAGCAACCGCCAUUCUCAGCUCAAGCAGCAGACAUUAUCCACACUGUAUUGACCUACAUUUAUGCUGUUCUCAUUAUCUGCUUGUUUCUGAUUGCUAUGGGAAAUAGACCACAGGGAUCUCAGGGCUCCUACGGACUAAUCAUGGCCUUCUUUUCUUUACUCAUGAUCUAUGUCAUCUUCUCGUCUGCUUGGAUAGUGUAUAUCGGUAUAUCAACAGAGCUAUCAAAACCUCAGAGUAUAUCCAGUCUGCUAUCCAAUGGCCCAUUUCGCGAUAUUAUCAUCUCCAUGGCUUCCACAUUUGGUGUAUUUAUUCUGUCGGGGAUCAUCUUUCUAGAUCCGUGGCACAUGCUUACUAGUUUCAUACAGUACUUUCUGUUGACACCCUCCUAUAUCAACAUCCUGAAUACCUACGCAUUCUGCAAUACGCACGAUGUAAGCUGGGGAACCAAGGACAUUUUUGAAAAUAUACCUUAUUUGGGCCAUGUCGAGACUAAAGCUGAUGAAACUACUGCCGAAAUUGUAUUGCCUGAACAAAAAGACGUUGGAUAUCUCUAUGAGGAAUCCUUCAAGAAUCUGCAGAAGAAGGAGCCGAAAAACAGCAAGAAAACGGUGGAUCCCAAGACACGACAGGAAGACUACUAUCGAAACUUCCGCACAAGGUUGGUGGUGUGCUGGAUCUUUAGCAAUCUGAUCCUUGUCAUUGUGAUUUGCACCAUGGAUAAUUUGGGAAAGUUGGCAACUGAACCCAAUGUCGAUCCUCCUGUCACUUACGAAUCGCCUGAGUUUUGGGAAAGGCUAAUCAGCAUCACAUUCCUAGUUCUUUUGGGCGGAGUCUUUGCUGGUCUCACUAUUGGAUUAAUGGGCCUGGAUCAAACAAAUCUUCAUGUUUUGAUGGAAUCUGGAUCUCCCUCAGAAAGGGAGAACGCCAAGAAAGUAUCGGCUCUGUUAGAAAGAGGUAAACAUUGGGUUUUGGUGACGCUCUUGUUGUCCAAUGUCAUUGUGAAUGAGACCUUGCCUAUUCUCUUGGAUGGCGUUUUAGGAGGUGGCUGGCAAGCGAUAGUAAUCUCCACUGCAUUAAUUGUUAUUUUUGGAGAAGUGAUACCGCAAUCCAUAUGCGUUCGACACGGUUUGGCAAUUGGCGCAAAAACUGCUUGGGCUGUUUUGAUCUUGAUGUACAUUAUGUAUCCAAUUGCCUAUCCAACAGCAUUGCUAUUGGAUUUCUUUCUGGGUGAGUCGCAUGGAACAGUGUACAAAAAGGCAGGUCUCAAGUCACUUGUAUCGCUGCACCAGGCAGUGCAUCCCUCAGAUGUGGAUGCCCUUACGUCUGAUGAAGUUACCAUCAUUGGAGCCGUACUCGAUCUCAAGUCGAAGCCCGUUUCAUUCAUCAUGACACCUAUGAAUGACGUCUUUACGUUAUCAACAGAGGAUAUCCUAAACGAGGAACUGGUCGAUAAGGCAAGGAUUCUAACAGCAGGUUAUUCUCGUAUUCCUGUGCAUACACCCGAGGACAAAGAAAAUUUUAUUGGGAUGCUAUUAACCAAGCGAUUGAUUACAUAUGACCCUGAGGAUGCUUUGCCAAUGAAACAGUUGCCCUUGAGCACUCUGCCAGAAACUGGCCCCGAUACAAGUUGCUUGGAUAUCUUGAACUUCUUUCAGGAGGGAAAAAGUCAUAUGGCAAUUGUCUCUAGUGAUCCAGGAGGUUCAAGCGGUGCUUUAGGUGUCAUUACUCUGGAAGAUGUCAUUGAAGAAUUGAUUGGAGAAGAGAUUAUCGACGAAACAGAUGUUUAUGUGGAUGUACGGAACAAGAUCCGUGUUGUUCGUCGGCAAAUGAUGAGCAAGCACUAUACGCAUUUGACAGCUAGAAAGAAGGGUGCUACAAACAACAAAUCUGCCGAGAAACCAUCCAAUUACGGUGCGAUUUAA